AGCGUAUCAGUCCAUCGAUGUACUCGUUCAAUAUGUGACGAUUUCCCCAAGGAGCUGCCCGUAGCAGUGAGCAUCCCAACUGCAACGAACCCACACCAUUCGUCCCGUUGCACGUACAAAUCCCUUUGAUCGGCACAGCAGCAACACCUCACCCCAACGACCUUCGCGCCCCCGACCGCGUGGCCGCGCCUACCAUCCAAGAUGUCGUCGCAGGACCGAGGGAGGGUCAGAUCUGGCCGCAGGUUGUCGAAGAAACGGAGGGCAUCGGAGAACAGAUUAUCGCUCGAUGUACCAGAACGCUUCAAGGAUGGAGACGACGCAGAGGAUGAUGUGACGGCGCCGAAGAGGAACGACACCGUGUCGAUGAACCAGUCCAUCUUCUCCAUGAUUGCUCGUGCGGGACAGCAGUCGCAGACCGAUCUCGCAACCAUGCAGGAGGUGGACUCGGGUGACAGCGACCAAGAGGGCAAGAGGCGCCAGCCCUUGCACAGCUUAGAUGGCGCCGCGCGAUUAAGCCGCCUAAGCUCUGCGAACGACUUUAACAGGGCACCAGAAGAGCUGCAGGAUGACCGGAAUCGGCAAUCUAGGCAGCACCGCAGGGUGCUAUCCGAUCACAAGCUGUUGCGCUCCUUGCCCAGAUUGAGAAAUAGGGCAGAUGCUAGGCCAGAGGGCCAACCUAUGGACGAGAUGUCAUCCUCUCAGCUUCUAGCUCCGCGGCCACCGCCGCCGCCGCUUGGGUCUUCCUCCACAACCCCGACCGAACGAUUGUCGAAGAUCAAAACCAAACCGACUGCGGACGAAGACAUACAAAUCGAGAAGGCAAAGAGCUCAGGAAGAAGAAGCAGACACGGAAGCUCGGCAGCGACAAUCAAGAGCUCAGGACCUGCCACUCUUGCACAGCGAAUACAGCAAAUUUUCCAGCUUGAAGAGGUAGAGGAGAUCAUUUCCGAGUACCCCUGCUGGUUGCUUCAGAGUAUCCUGUUGCAAGGAUACAUGUACAUCACUCAGAAACAUAUCUGCUUCUAUGCAUACAUAUCGAAGAAACAUCACGAUGUCAGCAAGACAGGUUACCUGUUCAAACGCGGUCGGUCCAAGUACAACAGAUAUUGGUUCAUACUAAGAGGCGAUGUUCUGUCCUACUAUACCAACCCCGCCGAACUUUACUUCCCACGCAACCGCAUCAAUCUACAGUACGCCAUAUCCGCCGGGAUUCUCGAUAGCAAACAGAAACACGAAGAAGAAACUAUAUUCACUGUCACCACUGACCAACGCACGAUUCAAUUCAAGGCGGACAGUGCUGCGAGUGCGAAGGAAUGGGUCAAAUCCAUCCAGAAAGUCAUUUUCCGGACGCACAACGAAGGAAACAGUGUAAAGAUCUCGCUCCCGAUUCAAAAUGUGCUCGAGAUUGAAGAGAGCGCUAUACUUGACUUUGCAAACACCGUCAAGGUCAGAGUGAUCGACAAUGACGAAACAUUCGCAAUCGACGAGUACUUUUUCUCGUUCUUCAAUAAUGGACAGGAUGCACUCAACGUUCUGAGGAUCAUGGUCAACGAUAAUGAGCACCACCAGGCGGCGGAAUCUCGUGACAAUGCUGAUGUUGUCAGUCCAGCUACUCCAACAAAGGCUCAGGCGAAGUCAACAAGCAACCCGCCGAUCGCUGAGCCGGUCCGUGCCACUCUUUCAUCUCUACUAACACCACAUGCUGGAAGGUCGAGUAUCAGUGAUGUAUCUGCUCGAUCCAGUGUGGACGCACACCGAAAGAGCCGGGACGCGCGGCGCAGCAUGGAUGCUAACCGUAUGUUUCGCCGUCCAAGUCACGAGCUGCAACGUAGUUUUAGCAGAAAUCGCUACGACUUGCAAACGACAAGCCGCCCUGGUGAUAGUUCACCACUUUCACCCAGGAUCACAGACACAGAAUCGGCGACAACUUCACUCGAGCGCGAUACUGAGUCCUCCGCCGCGAUACAGUCUAUAGACGAGAGCGAUGCAUCUGCAUCUCAGAUCCUGAACCGGUCAGACGUCUUCCGAGCUCCUGUGACCCAGUUACCUUUUACUACCUCUGAUCAAUCAGGCCCUUUAGCGCGUUAUUCACAGGAUACAACACGUUCAUCAGGGCGAGGAAGGCAGCCACUAAAACCAGUGCAACAUCUGAAGAGUGACAGCAACGCGAAGGCGGCGGCUCUCACACCUGAGACGACGGAAGAUGAUGUGGAAGCCGGUCUCGCUCAACCACGGUUGUCUGGCUCCUCGUCAGCGCUUCAAGAUAUCGCAUCCUUUCCACUCAACAAAGCCACAGGCCUUGCGGGGUUCCUUCGCAAUCGAUCGAAGAAGAUGGGUAACUUGCUUGCCACCGAGUCCAUGGGCUACUAUGAAAAGGUUUCUGGAAUGUUGGCUGGAGGGCGCAAACACUACAACACAGCCGAAGGGCUCGAGACUGGGGAUCAAGUGCAUGGGUUUGAGGACGAUGAAGACGCCGUCAAAGCCGCUGAAAACUUCAGGGAGCAUUUCGCUUUUCCCGAGACGGAGAUAUUACAUUCGUCCUUUUUCGCAUCACUACAGCGAGUGUUGCCAAAUUACGGCAAGAUCUAUAUCAGCGGAAAAUACUUUUGUUUCCGCAGCCUGAUGCCUACAUCGAAGACGAAGAUCAUCUUACCUCUGAAAGAUAUAGAGAACGUCAACAAGGAGAAGGGCUUUAGGAUUGGCUACCACGGUCUUGCCAUUGUCAUUCGAGGACAUGAAGAAUUGUUUUUCGAAUUCUCGAAAGCUGAGUACCGCGACGAAUGCGCCAUUACUGUACUUCGCAUACUGGAGAAUGCCAAAUAUCUGGAAGACAGAGACUCGUCUUCCUCGGGCAUUGACAGCGACGACGAGGCGGCCAAAGCAGAGCACGAUCUUCUCCAGCAAGCGCGUCAGGAUACUGCUCAAGAUCCACGAGCCGUCGCCUCCAACAUCGUACGCGCCGCUGAUCAGGAGCGCAUUCCACUUAUUUUUGAUGAUCCACUGGCUUCGUUUGUCGAUUUCAAGCCAGCAGAAUCUCUCACGGUUGUUUGCCUUACUAUUGGGUCUCGUGGGGACGUACAGCCUUAUAUCGCGCUGUGCAAAGAGCUUUUGAAGGAAGGCCACAAACCGCGAAUAGCAACGCACGCAGAGUUCGAACCAUGGGUCCGAGGGCAUGGCAUCGACUUUGCGCCUGUUGACGGAAACCCGGCCGAGCUUAUGCGGAUCUGUGUCGAGCACGGCAUGUUUACGUACGGGUUUAUGAAGGAAGCAAACUCCAAAUUCCGCGGCUGGCUCGACGAUGUCUGCAGCUCUGCAUGGCGGGCGUGCCAGGGUGCCGAUGUGCUGAUCGAGAGUCCCAGUGCGAUGGCCGGCAUCCAUAUUGCAGAGUCGCUCGAGAUCCCAUACUUCCGCGCUUUCACUAUGCCGUGGACACGAACUCGAGCUUACCCACAUGCUUUCUCGGUCUUGGAAAAGAAGAUGGGAGGAGGCUACAACAGCAUCACUUACAUCACGUUCGAUGCAAUCUUCUGGACGGCCAUAUCCGGACAGAUUAACAAGUGGCGCCGCCGUGAAUUGGGCCUGCAGAACACAUCGCAAGCUAAGAUGCAGGCGAAUUCUCGUCCGUUCUUGUACAACUUCAGCCCUCACGUGGUCCCUCCGCCACUCGACUGGCCGGACUGGAUCCGCGUUACUGGUUACUGGUUCUUAGAUGAGGCUGACAUGUACGAGCCGCCUGCUGAUCUGAAAGCCUUCAUCGAGCAGGCUCGCAAGGACGACAAAAAGCUCGUUUACAUUGGAUUUGGAUCUAUCGUUAUCGAUGACCCUGCGGCUCUGACGAAGACGGUGGUUGACUCGGUCCUUAAGGCAGAUGUGCGUUGUGUCUUAUCAAAGGGCUGGUCAGAUCGUUUGGAGACGAAGGAUGCAUCCAAACCCGAGAUCCCUCUCCCAGCCGAAGUUUUCCAAAUCCAGGCUGCGCCGCACGAUUGGCUGUUUAAGCAGAUGGAUGCUGCAGUGCAUCACGGUGGGUCUGGCACGACGGGGGCAAGCCUGCGAGCGGGCAUUCCAACAAUCAUCAAGCCUUUCUUCGGAGACCAGUACUUCUUCGCCCAGCGUGUUGAAGAUCUCGGUGUUGGUGUGUGGCUCAAAAAGGUCAACACGAGUGUGUUCAGUCGAGCGCUGUGGGAGGUGACUAACAGUCAGCGCAUGAUUGUCAAGGCAAAGGUGCUGGGCCAGAAGAUCCGCAAGGACAAUGGCGCGCAGGUUGCGAUCCAGACGAUUUAUCGCGAGCUCGAUCGCGCCCGCACACUCAUCAACAAGCACGCCAAGCAGGACGGCGACGACCACACAGACGAGUUUGAAGAUGACUGGACGAUGGUCGAAGAUGCGGAGGAGGUCGACGUCGGUCCUUUCGAGGCGCAGCGUGCCGUCGCGGGAAUGACUCAGGACGCUUCUCGGACAGGAGGAGGCUCGCUGGUGCUGGGGAGCAUGGUGCUUAGGGGCGCACAGAGGCGCAUAUCAGAGUCUGCGAGCAGAGACUGAGGGUUCAGCGGCAGGGCUUAUUUUUUCUGGCAGCAUGGCGUUUGAGGAGCUGGGGAGAGGGAUGCACGAUAGACACAACCGCUGACGACACAGCGAGCUAGGCGCGUAAUUAGAUGAUUGUAAUGCCCGACGGCUGCCUGCUGUCUGACGGCGAGGCGUGACGGUGCGCGAGCUGCAAACAACGGGCCUGCGCACGUGUGCACGUGUCACUGCACCAGAGCUCGCUCCGGCAGCCCUAGCCCUAAACCGAGCCAGGCAGUGUCGCAGACAAUGCCCC